GUUGAUCAAUCGCCAUGCCGCACUCAUUCGGUUACAGGGCGAGGACCAGGGACCUCUUCAAGAGGGGUUUCCGCCAACAUGGUCCAAUUCACUUGUCCACGUACAUGAGGCCAUACCACGUCGGUGACAUUGUCGACAUCAAGGCCAACGGUGCCAUCCAAAAGGGCAUGCCCCACAAGUACUACCACGGCAAGACAGGUGUCGUCUUCAACGUGGCCCCGCGCGCUGUCGGUGUCAUCGUGUACAAGGUGGUCGGUAACAGGUACAUGGAGAAGCGUGUCAAUGUCCGCAUCGAGCACGUCAAGCACUCGAAGUGCCGUGAUGACUUUUUGGACCGAGUCAAGCUGAACUCAGAGAAGAAGAAGCAGGCCAAAGAGACUGGUGAGAAGGUCCAGCUUAAGCGUCUUCCGGCAGCACCACGUGAGGCAAGGACCAUCAAGACUUCCAGCAACCUUCCGGAGACUCUCGCUCCCCAAGCUUACGACACCUACAUUUAAGUCACUCCUUGGAUGUCUCGGUUGUCCCCAUUUGUACUGUAUAACUUGCACUAUGGCCUACCACAG